CUGAAAUAUAAAUUGCUGGGGGGUUACUCUACUUAGUAGUUUACAUCGUCAGAUGAGGUGGUACUCUGGAAAAUAUAACAUUCCUUGCCUUUCAAAUCAUCAUACUGAGAAGUGUUCUGAGCCUGUACUUUGCUUGCUGGGCCACCUGAAGGUUAAACGUUUUCUGAUUACUAUCAGCAGAUACUACUACUUGCCUGGUACAUCAUGAACCUUUUAACGUUAAUUGUUAUAUUGCUGUUUUCUUGCCAUAGAACAGUAGGUGGACAAAAGGAAUCCCCAAAUAAGAAAGGAACUGAAAAGCCCAUCCAGUUUCGAACCCCAAAUAAGGAUUUGUGUAUUAUUUCAAUCCAAGGCAAAAGCGACAUGAGAAUGAAGGUGGAAUGCAAGAAUAAAACACAGUCCUACUGGUGCGAGUAUACUGGGAAACCAUCAGUCUGUAGGCCCUUCCUUCUGAAUCCUCAAAACUAUUGGCAUCAGAUCAAAUCAUCUCUCAAGAAACUCCCGAAUGCUUGUGAGACGUCCCUGGUGCUGAAGCCCAGUAUGUGUCAGAAAGCGGCUGCCGAUGCCCAUAUGAAGCAAGUGGCUUCCAGCGUGAAACCCGCUCAGAUGUCGCGCGCGGGUAAACAUGACCUUGGGAAAGGACCAGCGUCGCUUAGGCAACGUGACAAACCUUCUCCCGAGAAGGCGCCCAAACACAAGGAGGCAAAGUUCAAGAAGCCUUCAACCGCAACAACUAAACCUAAACCACCAGGACACAGCAAUCAAGAGGAGUCAGAGGCCAGCAAAACUGCUCGACAAUACUGCCCGCCUUCAUUACACAAGUUAUGUUCCUACUUUAUCGGGGCAUUCAGUGGAUAAGAGGACAUGCGGUGAAGGCUUGCCCAGUUAAUGAAGAUGGCAUUCUACAACUUGAUUAUAUCUUCUUGGACUGCAUUGUUUGCCAACCUUGAGUUAAUACAACCCGCUUUUCUUGUUUUUAAGACCAAGUUUCCAAUCGUGCACUGCAGCCACAUAUAGCGAAGAUGAGCAGGUGCGAAUGCUCUUUAUGCUGAAAAGGGACCUAUUAGCUUUAAGUUGCAUCUACCCCAAGACUCUCUUUAAGCAAUUACAUCUUCAUUAAGCAAUAAAGGGAUCGCUUUGUGAUGUACAUACAUCGUGAGGGAUUUGGGUAUUGCGCUUUUGAAUAUAGUUUAUAUGCAAAAGAGCUUUAUAUUUAUACUGUAUAAUAAAUAUCAGAUUAUAAAUUAUGCUAUAUUUUGUAUUUUGCUAGACGUUUUAAUGCGUUUAAGUUCACAACUAUAUUUGUGUACAAUUUAGCAUGCAUUUUAACGGUAUUGGAAAUGAACACUGAUGAAAAGAAAUGAACCUUACAGAAAUAAUUGUAUGCUUCUGAAUAUAGUUUAUAU